AUUUAAUAUAAGAGUAAAUACCCUUUUCGACCCCUGUCCUUUUUGAAAAUUGACAAGCAGCCUCCUAACGUUUAAAAAAUGAUAAAUCGGUCCUUGUCUAUUUCUUCCGUUAGACACAUCGACUCUUCUGUGGCUCCCUCGCUUGAAACUGGACGGAAAACGCUGACCUGUAACGAUGAGCAGGUGACUUGGCAUGGACACAUCAGCUGAAUGUGUUAGGACAAUACAGACCCUACCCAGUCAUCAAAACGUCAUCGUUUGAAGGAAGUGAGAGACGCGCGUUUUGGAGACCUUCUCCCCCUUCUCUCCUUUUUUCGAACCCUAACUCAAGUAGCAACCAUGAGUGAUGCAAAGCAAUCCUCAACCGCUCAAACCCGUCGUGGUUGGAGGAAGGGUAAGAUGGGUUUGAGUAAUGCUAGUGAAGGGAAGAAGGUGAAGUUUCAAUACCCUAAAUGCAAGUGUGGAAGUUAUGCAAUCAUGCAAGGAUCUGCAACUGCCAAGAACCCAGACAUGAUCUUUCUCGGUUGCUGUCACUAUCGUACAGAACGACCUCACUGCAACUACUUCAUAUGGCUAGAUGAGCUGAUUUCUUGUCAUUUUGUACACGAGAAAGACAUUGAUGUAGAUGGAAGAAUGAUGAUGCUAGAGAACAGAUUUGAGCAAUUGGAGCACAAAGUUGAUUUGGCAAUUGAAGAAAAAUAAAAAAAUGGAGUAUUGAGUUCAUAGUCUAUGUCAUGCUAGCUAUGUUAAUUGUAGUAGCAGCAGUAAAAUAUGUUGUAGUCUAGGACAUAGAUUAUAUUUUAUUGCAAUAUGUGAUGUAUAGUUAAGGUUAAUAUAUGGAAAGUUGCAUAUUGGA